CGGAGCGGCUCUGACAGGACGGCUGGGACCCGGUCGACCGCCGAGCGAGCGCCGGGCGGGGAGCGAGCGCCGAGAGCCGGCACGGGGCCCGGAACCCGCACUGACUCUCUUCGCCCCGCCGGCGGCCGUGCCCCCGAGCCGAGCGGCGACUCGCCGCGGUCAGGGCCGCGCCUCACUGCACGUGCCGCCCGCUCUGUCAGCCGCCGCGAUGAGCGAGCUUAACACCAAAACGUCCCCAGCAACCAACCAGGCACCGAGCCCAGAGGAAAAGGGGAAGCCCGGCCGUGCCAAGAAAGCGGAGGAGGAGGAGGAGGUCGACAUCGACCUGACGGCUCCGGAGACAGAGAAGGCCGCCCUGGCCAUUCAGGGCAAGUUCCGGAAGUUCCAAAAGAGGAAAAAAGACCCCAGCUCCUGAGCCAGCAGCCUUGCCCUCACCCUGCUCCCUCUGUCCCUGCCCCGCCGCUCUGACUCCCACGCCCCGUGUCUCUCUGUCCCCCUAGCCUCUUGAGAGGGCGAUUUUGACCCUUGUAUGUUAUUUUCUGUGGCCCCCUCAAGCCAUCACGGCAGUAGAGGCACCAGAAGCAGAGGGAAGGUGAAGACUUCAGUGGGCAGUCACUUGCCUGAGGGUGGACCAGCUUCUGCUCGGGACAAGCCUCCCUCCUUGACCAGUACCUCUGCUGCCCCGUGAGGUCCGAGUGGAAGAGACUUUGAGUCUGACAGGGUUGGGGGGGGGGGCCUGGCCAUGGGGGAAGGAGAAGACAGGCUUCCGAGUAGGGUGCCUGAGAGUGGGGCCUGCACACCUGUCUGCCUGCCGUCACGACUGUCAACUUCGGGUCACAUCGUCCCCUCCUCCCCUCUUCUCCCCCUCCUCCUUUCCCUCCUCUGUGCUGUGCCGCAGCGGGGACAGGAGCCCCCUGCCCCAGGCAGGCCUGCGUCCAGCAGCUCCCACGUUAGUGCGUGCAGAGUGGAUGAGUUCCGCGGGAGGCGGUGGGACGGGGGGAGGCCAGGGAAGUUCCUUCACCAUCGAGGCAGGGACCCGAGGGGCAGAGGCAGGGAUGUGGGGACUUGGGAAGAUUUGGAGAGGAAGAGGAAUGAGGGGAUGAAAGUGUGCUCUGUGGAAAAUUCUUGGGGCGUUGCUGACCCACCUCCUCUAUCCCCCAUAUCUGGCCCUCCCUCAGAGGCCACACAGACCAUGUGACCCCCGUAGCUCCUACCUGCCCCACUGUGUAGUCGGGACCGAAGUGGAAUAGCCACUCUGUGAUUUUGGCAUGUUUGAUAAUUACAUUAAAAAUAUUUUUAAAA